AAAAACGUACCAAAGACAAAAUCGCAAAACAAACGUGCUCGUGCUGUAAAAAAGCAUAAAAAACUUGAAGAGCUCUGUAAAAUACCCAAUUCACAUUAUUUAUAAAUGAAAAAUGGCUGUGCGUCCGCAGCACAUGCAUGACGGUGGUAUUGUCGAGCGUCGUUUGCGUCCAAUUUACGAUUGGUUAGAUAAUGGAAAUAAUAAAAAAGCUCUUCAAGAAGCAGAGAAAGUGUUAAAAAAGAGUCCUAAUUUACAAGCGGCACGGGCAUUGAAAGCUUUAGCACUUUUUAGGUUAGGAAAGAAAUCUCAGGCUCAUGCCCUGCUAGAUGAACUCGCCGCAGAAAAGCUAAGUGAUGACACUACACUGCAGGCGAUGACGAUAUCAUAUAGAGAAUCGCAACAAUUGCAUAAAGUGUGUGAACUAUAUGAAUCUGCUGUGAAAGUGGAGCCUUUGAAUGAAGAGCUCCACUCGCACUUAUUCAUGUCAUAUGUUCGUGUUGGUGAUUACCGAGCACAGCAGAGAGCAGCAAUGGCCCUUUACAAGUUUGCACCCAAAAACCCUUACUAUUUCUGGGCUGUCAUGAGUAUUAUUUUGCAGGCUAAAACUUCAGAAGAUGCUACCAAAAAGGGCAUAUUACUAUCAUUAGCGCAGAGGAUGGUCGAUAACUUUAUCACUGAGAACAAAAUGGAGGCUGAACAAGAGGCACGACUGUAUAUAAUGAUAUUAGAACUCCAAGAAAAAUGGGACGACAUUCUUAAGUUUAUUGAAAGCCCCUUAUAUUCCCAACUAGUGCCUGGUUCAAGUGCACAAGCAUGCAUCCCAUAUCUAAAGAAAUUAGGUCAGUGGCGGAGACUGAAUUUAUUGUGCAAAGACCUUCUAUGGGAUAAUCAAGAUAGGUGGGAUUACUAUCUUCCUUAUUUCGAUUCUGUCUUCCAAUUGAUGAAAGAAAGUGAAAUUAAUGGUGAAAGUAGUGCUGAUGACACUGCAGAGAAGUGUCACGAGUUUAUAUGUCAACUUGUUGAGAAUAUGACUUCUGGCAGGACUUUACGAGGGCCUUAUUUAGCUAGAUUAGAGUUGUGGAAGCGUUUGUCGAAAGACGGGGAUCCUACAUCGCUGCUUGGUUCUGGCGUGGCAUUAUGUGUACAGUAUUUACGUGUGUUUGCUGAUAAACCUUGCGCAGUACCGGAUUUGAGGCCUUAUUUAGCAAUGUUGCCACAAAAAGAGAGGGAAGAGCAUUCUAGAGAUUUUCUCACUUGUCUAGGAUUCAAUGAGAAGAGUGAACCAGAAACGACAAAGGACGUCCAGCGUCACAUCUCGUGUGUGGCCGCGUGGCGUCUCGCCGCCGCUCCGAUGUCCGCUGAGGAAUGUCUGGAACUAGCGAAUACGCUGCGGGCACAUUAUAUACGCAGCUUCAACAAGGGGUUGCUUACUGCUACCCUGACUGAGUUCUGUUCGACUGACGGAUAUGGUAUUCUAGCGGCUCAUCAUUAUUUCUAUGCAGCGAUGCAGCAGCAGAGUACUGCGCCGGUGGUCGAGGCUCUGUGUUUGCUAGAACUGGUACUAUCACAUUCGCCUGCCAACUUCCACGUCAAACUACUCCUAGUCCACUUAUAUCACUUCCUAGGCAAUGCGAUUGCGGCGGACAGUAUAUACCAGAAGUUGGAAGUGAAGCAUAUACAGCUUGUGUCGUUAGGGUGGUUGCACGCGGAGCGUUUGUCUGCCGCGUGCGCGCUUCAACGAGCUUUACAGCUAUUGGCGAACACUUCCUCGUUUUACACGCAUCAUGCUAAAGACAGCGUUGAGCACCUGACGUACGCGUACAAGUACGGCACGUUCGAGAAACUGGUAGAGCUGCGUGCGUGGGGUUCGCGACUGGAAGCGUGCGCGUGGGGAGCCUUAUCCGCCCGCGAGAGGGCGCUGCUGUCCCUGCUGGCGGGGCCCGCUGUGUUACUGCACGCGCCCGCCAUGCUGCUACCCGCCACGCCCACGGACAACCGUGAUCUAGACGUAAUAGUUAGUUUUGAGCCUCCUGAAUCCCACGACGCUAACUUAAAGGAACGCACUUACGAUCAAGAAGUAGCAUAUUUACGACUGAAGGACGCCCUCCUGUCGUCUAUAGCGCUUUGUAUAGAAUGCUCUGAUAGUAGACCUUUAGAAGAAAGGAGACCGCAAUAUGAAGAAUUGAAGACAUGUAUAGACGCAUUUAGUGAAGCCAUGAAGAAAUGUAAGGAGAAAUACUGUGAUAUAGAGAAGAUUAGUAUAACAAAGCCGUACCCUUCUAGGAUUUUUGCUUUCGUCAAUUCACCGAUACCAUACCGGGAGUUGUACAGUGAAAGCGUGCUGAUGGUGGGGGAACUAGCUAUGGGCGACACUAGCGCCGCGCGGACACGAUGCGACUUACUCACCACUCUAGUCAACAACUCAACACGGCUGCUGCCCAAAGAUAUCCAGCUGUGGACGUUACGAGAUUCUUUGGAGACGUUAUCACAUUAUCUAGAGUUUAUUGGGAUAAUCAACUGCCUGCUAGCCGUAUGCAACGAGCUCUUCGCACCUGCUAGUACAAAGAAAUCGAAAAAGAAAACCAACCGAUCACCAGACGAAAUCAAAACCGCCGAGCUUCUCAACAAACUAAACGAAACUGUACAGUCAUCGAUCACUUACCUCGAAGAGACUUUUGAAAAGUUACCUCAACACAAAUACGAAAGCACACUGGAAUCAGAAUUCUCUAAAUUAGCCAUAGAUAAAAAAUUCGGAGGAUGUCCAGUAGAGUCUAAAUUACAAAAUGGCCGCCAAGAAAUGAUAACGGAAAUUCAAAAUAUAUUAAAGAGAAAGACACUGUUUUUGAAGACUCUGAUUAAUUUUAAUAGCCGCGGUGCAUAAUUAUAUUAUGGAAUAGUGCUGUUCUAAAACAUAACUAAAACAUAUCUUGUACAUAUUGCUAAUGUAGUGUUUUAUUUUACAAUUCACAAAUGAGUGUACAUAGAGUUUUAUAAUGGGACUUUCUAGUGAUUCGUCGGUCUGGAUUAAAAAUUAAACUCUG